AUGCAAGCCUCUCACGAAGAAACAUUCAAGUGCUCUCGAGGACACGUUCACAAAAAAGAGGAAACUAAAACUAAAUACUGUAUUCGUGAUUGCCCUGACUAUUGCAGAUGCCACCGGCACAUCUCUGAGAUAGGUCACGACACACAAAUGCUUGCAAGGCGCGAAAGAAUGGUGUCCGAGAGGGAGAUGAAAGUGGCCGAAGAGGAAGAACGAAAUGCUUUUAUGAACUUAUAUCUUGAAGGUCAGAAAGUUGAGAUCUCAAUAAGGAAAACUACGAUCUCAUUAAGAGAGGCUUCACUUGAAAAAGCGAAAGAAGAAUUCGAGAGAGAGAAAAAUGAGCUUCUUGCGCCCAAAAAUUGGUUCGAACAGAUCGAAGAAUGGUCCCAAAAUACAUCGGAAUGUGCUCAAGACGGCUCAUCGUAUGGCUCCGAUGGAAGUAGGCCCCGUUCUAACAGUAAUGGCUGGCUUGAACCAACCCGUGCGCUAGAUUCGGGAGAGAGACCACGUCACCGCCGUUCAUCCCACGGUGACCAUCCAACGCGACCGCAUGAAGAAUCAAGUCGUCGGAGAAGAUCCAGUUCCGCCAGUCAUUAUCGUCAUCACCAUGAUUCGAAUCAAACUGCUAUACGAAUAACACCUCCAGACCCCAAUAUACACUCAGUACCCAAUAGCUGGGGUCGUUAUGAGUAUUAA